GUCGUCCCUCAACAGGGUUUGUACGGUAGAAGCCAAAGGUCGAUCCCGUCCAGAAGCAGAUUUCUCGGCCAAACACAGCUGCACUAAAGGGAGCAGAUAAGUACAGUUCCAACCCUGCCUCCGAAGUUAUUCCUGAACAGCGGCAUAUCCAGCGCUGGCACCAUGGGCGUCUUCGACCUAGUCCUCCUCGCCCUUACCCGUCCGGGCGAGUUCCGGUCGCUCGUACAUUACAAGAUCUGGCGCGACCCGCUCAAUGACAUUAAGCUCAACCCGAAAGAGUCGGGAUGGGAUCGCCAGCAGAUGCGCGAAUGCUGGAAGUUCUUAGACUUGACCAGCCGUAGUUUCGCUGCGGUCAUCAAGGAGCUCAAAGGGGAGCUCAGCAGAGUUAUUUGCCUCUACUACCUCAUUCUCCGAGCGCUCGACACGAUUGAGGAUGACAUGACCAUCCCGGCGGACAAGAAGAUCCCCUUGCUCACAUCCUUUUACAAAAAGCUUGAGGUGCCGGGAUGGAAUUUUACAGAGAGCGGUCCCAACGAGAAGGACAGACAGCUGCUUGUCGAGUUUGACAAGGUCAUUGCCGAAUUUCAGCUGUUGGACGAAAACUAUCGCAUUGUCAUCUCCGACAUGACGGCCAAGAUGGGCGCAGGGAUGGCAUCAUACAUUGAAGCCUCCUCUUCAAGCGACAACUCUCUUUGCGUUGUGCGCUGGCAGGACUACGAUCUGUACUGUCACUUUGUCGCAGGCCUCGUUGGCGAGGGCCUUUCGCGCCUGUUUAGCGCAUCAGGGAUGGAGCGCCCUUGGCUCGGAGAGCAGCUGAUCCUAUCCAACCACAUGGGACUGUUCCUGCAAAAGACCAACAUCAUCCGAGAUUACGCAGAGGACUGCGAGCAAGGCCGCUUCUUCUGGCCCAAAGAAUGCUGGGCUGCGCCCGAAUGUGGGUUCGCGUCGCAGGCGGCUGUAGCGGACGGGAUUGAGGAGACAUCGCCAGGGUCCAACGUCUACAGGGCCAAGGCAGGCGAGCUGGGGCAACGAAGCAUGAAUGUAUUGAGCGCCAUGCUGCUCGACGCGCUUUCGCACGCGACCCAGUCGCUUGACUACCUCGCCGUCCUGCGCGAGCAGUCAGUGUUCAACUUCUGCGCCAUCCCGCAAGUCAUGGCUAUCGCGACGCUCGAGCUGAUGUUCGCCAACCCGAACGUUCUGAAGAAGAACGUCAAGAUCCGCAAAAGCCAGGCGGUGCAGCUCAUUCUGCGGGCAACAAACCCGCGCGAUGUGGCUUGGACCUUCCGGCGCUAUGCGCGGAGCAUGCAUGCGCGCCUCUCGCCCGACGACCCGUACUUUGUGCGCUGGAGUGUCGAGCUCAGCCGCAUCGAAGUGUGGUGCGAGACACUCUACCCUUCCUACGUCAGCGCGCCUGGCGGUGCCGACUCGUCCUCCACUGCGCCGGCGCCGAAUGCGAAUGAUGCACGCACCAACGCCAUGCGCCUUUUCGGGCAGCUGCAGAAGCAGCGUGCAGUCUCUCAGGCGCGUGCGCUUCGCGCGAGUGGCACGGGCAACGAUGAAGCGAGUGACCGGCAGCUUUCAAUGUUUGCACGUGCCGCUUUGAGCGCCGAGGAGCGCGAAAAGAGGGAGCAGAAGGAUAAGGAUGACCUCAUGCGGUUCUUCGUGCUCAUGAUGGCUGGCAUGACCGUAGUGAUUGCCAUCAUUGCUAUUGUUGUCUUUGAGAUUGCGUGGUACUGGCAAUCGAGCGAGCAAGACCCGCUCUCUCUUUUACUUACAGCGCAGUACCACACUAUCCGCGCCAAGGGCCUGCACGUCUUUGCGCACCUGGCCGAGUGGGGUAGCGAAAUUUUUGGCGAAGGCGUUAGCAAGACGGCCAGCAAGGUGGAGCUGUGAAUGCACGGGCAAAAAGGAGUGGGGGUGCGCUCAUGCCUUUGGCCCGUUCGAGCAUUGAGUCGCGGCAGUGAGAAGGUUCAGAUGCGUAGGAAUAAUCUAGUCAUGUACUGUGUAGGCUUUACAUUUCUUCAAAAGGGGCGGUCC